AUGGCGGUUGAAGGAGAGGACGUGCAACACAAAGCAUCAGGGCCCGGGUCUGGCCCUGGCUCUGGACCCGACGCUGAUGCCAAUCCUGCUUUCGACAACCGAGAUGUCAACACCUCGCAAGAGACAUCUACGGAGAAAGGAAUCAAGAGCUAUGGUAACCCACGACAGCCAUCCAGUCCAAUGGCCUCGGAUAUGGAAACACAAAGCCAAACACAUCCACGGAGGGUACGCAUUUUCCCCAACGUUGAUGACGCUCUCGAUAAAGACAUGACCACCGAGAAUGCUGUCUCGCGCCAGAUCUCGACUCCACUGGCCGAGACGCUUUCGCUGGGCCACGAGAUCCUCUUUGUCGGCAUCAUCUGCACUGCGCAAUUCACCACGCAAGUUGGCUUCGGGCAGACGCUACUCAUCCUCCACGACAUUGGCCGUAGCUUCCACCUCAGCAACGCCGGCGAGUUAAGCUGGCUAGUCGCCGGCUACAGCCUCACUGUCGGGACUUUCAUCCUCGUCAGUGGCCGUCUAGGCGACAUGUUCGGGUACAAGCGCAUGCUGCUGAUCGGGUACGCGUGGUUCUCGAUCUGGUCCCUCGUGGCCGGCCUGGCCAUCUACGCGGACCAUGUGCUGUUCGUCUUUGCGCGCGUCCUGCAGGGCAUCGGGCCGGCGAUCCUUUUGCCCAACGGUGUAGCGCUGCUGGGCGCAAGCUACGCCAACGGCAGUCCCAGGAAGGACAUGGUGUUUGCGUUAUUCGGAGCAUGUGCGCCAGGCGGGUCCAUCAUCGGUGGUGUCUUCGCUGGCCUCUUCGCCCUAACGUGGUGGCCGUGGGCAUUCUUCUCCUUCGCCAUCGUCCUCGCCGCGAUCGCUGUCGUCGCAGCGUUGAUCAUUCCCGAGCCUGCCGCGAAAACCCGACCCACCGAACCAGCUGUUCCUGUUCUCUCUCUCAGCGAGAAGAUCAAGCUUCUCGACAUCCCAGGCGCCGCCGUUGGCAUCACGGCCCUUGUCUUGUUCAAUUUCGCUUGGAACCAAGCACCGAUUGUAGGUUGGCAGAAACCAUACGUCUACGUCACCAUGCUGGUCGGGAUCCUCUUGGUGCCGCUGUUCUUCUACAUCGAGUUACGGGUUGCAAAAGCGCCGCUUGUGCCGUUCGACUCACUUACCGUCGAUGUGGGCUUUGUGCUCGCAUGCAUCACAUGCGGGUGGUCGUCGUUUGGUAUCUGGGCCCUCUACCUCGUCAACUUCCUCCAAGUGCUCCGCCUGGCCUCGCCUCUUCUCACCGUAGCGUACAUGGCGCCCGUGGCGGUGUCUGGCUUCAUAGCGUCCGUGGUAACGGGCAUUGCCCUGUCGAAGCUCAAGCCGCCCAUGGUGAUGGCUCUCGCCCUGGUAUUCUUCACCAUUGGACUCAUCCUCGUCGCCACGACACCGGUCCAUCAGACCUAUUGGGCGCAGACAUUCGUCUGCAUGAUCGUCAUCCCAUGGGGGAUGGACAUGUCGUUCCCGGCCGCGACGAUUAUCCUGUCCAAUGCCGUGCGGAAGGAACAUCAGGGCAUCGCCGCCAGUUUGGUCACCACUAUUGUCAACUACAGUAUAUCCCUUGGCUUGGGCUUCGCCGGGACGGUGGAGGUGCAUGUCAACAAUGGCGGCCGUACGUCCGAGGACCUGUUAAAGGGAUACAGGGGAGCGUGGUAUGUGGGGAUCGGCUUCGCAGCAACGGGUCUGUGCAUAAGCAUCGCCUUUCUGCUGAAGGGAUAUCUGAGGGGAAGCAUCGGCAGGUGA